AAUGGUGAACUUGGAAACCAGCUGGAGAUUGCAAAGUCUCCUUUCCCUUGAGGUUGGUGGUCAAUGGUCAUCCUCUACCACACCCAAGGAAAGCAGAAGGGCUCCACGCUAACUUCUGUAAGCUCUGCUUCACUAUGGAAGAUCAAAUGAUUUUCUGGCUCAGGUUUUGUGAUCUGCCUUGGACCUGGAGUUUGGAAAAGGGAUCGUCUCUGAGGCACGGUUAAGAGACAGAGCAACCAGCCCCAGACAAUGAGCACUUUAAGUAGCACUGGAAUAUUGCUCAGCUUAACAACAGUGUCUGUUACACUGGAUUUUAGUUUGCAUGGUGGUCUGAUGGCUUGGUCCUUGAGCAGCAAUUUGACUCUGAACCAGAGCUUGCCUACAUCUGAUCCUCUCAACACCUCUGAGAAGGGCGAAGUCUCUCGGAUGUCUGUGAGGGAGAAGAAUUGGCCGGCCCUCCUGAUCUUGGUUGUCAUCCUGCUGACCAUUGGGGGGAACAUAUUGGUAAUUAUGGCCGUGUCCUUGGAGAAGAAGUUGCAGAAUGCCACAAACUUCUUCCUGAUGUCUCUGGCAGUAGCAGACAUGCUGGUGGGUAUCCUGGUCAUGCCCGUGUCGCUCAUUGCAGUCCUGUACGGGAUAUCCAUGCCUAUUCCAGUCAUUGGUUUGCAGGAUGACUCCCGGGUGUUUGUAAACGGGACCUGCGUCCUGAACGACGAGAACUUCGUCCUCAUUGGAUCCUUCAUGGCUUUCUUCAUCCCCCUCAUCAUCAUGGUGAUCACGUAUUGCCUGACUGUCCAGGUGCUGCAGAGACAGGCCACGGUGUUCAUGUGUGGAGAGGUGCCCAAGCAGAGGAGGAGCAGCGUGAACUGCCUCAAGAAGGAAAACAACACAGAGAACAUUUCAAUGCUUCACAAUCACGAGGGGGCCUCCCACUUGAACUCCCCUGUCAAUAAGGAGGCGGUGCUGUUUCGGAAAGGAACGAUGCAGUCCAUCAACAACGAGCGAAGAGCCUCCAAGGUCCUGGGCAUCGUCUUCUUUCUGUUCCUCAUCAUGUGGUGCCCGUUUUUCAUCACUAACGUCAUGUCUGUCCUUUGCAAGGAAGCCUGCGACAAAGACCUGUUGAGUGAGCUCCUGGACGUGUUUGUUUGGGUGGGGUACGUGUGCUCCGGGGUCAAUCCCCUGGUGUACACCCUCUUCAACAAAACCUACCGCAGGGCUUUCUCCAACUACAUCCGCUGCCAGUACAGGCCUGGCAAAAAAUCAGCCCUGAGGCAGAACCAGUGUCUGAACGUGGCCUCAACAGCUUUGUAUGGGAAAGACCUGACUUUAACCAGUUACAGAAAUGGCAACGAGUUCAAUAGCAUGGAACUGGAUGAAGCUGAGGAGGGCCUUGAGAUGCAACCAGGGACUUCAGAGCUCUCCAUAAACAGCUGUAAUGUUGUAAGUGAGCGAGUGAGCUGUGUGUAAAAGUGACUCUCACAGACCUUUGCUACGGGGUAUCUGUAGCCAAAAUAUAUUGUGUAAAAAUGUAAGUGUCGGUCAAAGGACUAUGUAAAUAUUGCAUUCUGAACAAAGCUUUUGGUUUUUUUUAAAGAGAAAAAAAGAAUUGUCUUUCCAGUCCAGUACUUAAAAUAAUAUAUAUUAAUAUACUGCAGUGA